AUGACUCCUGCCCCCAGUGAAAGCCACUCCAGUGAAACCUGCCUCAGUGAAAGCCACUCCAAUGAUUCUUGCCCCAGUAACUCCUGCCCUAGUGACACCUGUCCCAAUGACUCCUGCCCCAGUGACUCCUGUCCCAGUGAAACCUGCCCCAGUGAAAGCCACUCCAGUGACUCCUGCCCCAGUGACACCUGCCCUAGUGAAACCUGUCCCAAUGACUCCUGCCCCAGUAACUCCUGCCCUAGUGAAACCUGUCCCAAUGACUCCUGCCCCUGUGACUCCUAUCCCAGUGACACCUGCCCCAGUGAAAGCCACUCCAGUGACUCCUGCCCCAGUGACACCUGCCCCAGUGAAACCUGUCCCAAUGACUCCUGCCCCAGUGAAAGCCACUCCAGUGCCUCCUGCCCUAGUGAAACCUGUCCCAAUGACUUCUGCCCCUGUGACUCCUGUCCCAGUGAAACCUGCCCCAGUGAAAGCCACUGCCAAUGACUCCUGCCCCAGUGAAAGCCACUCCAGUGAAACCUGCCCCAGUGAAAGCCAC